AUGCACGUGUUGUUAGGGCUGAUGCUGGCAUUGCACUGCUCCCUGCCUUACCAUGUCAUGCCAUGUGUCAGUGCCGCCUUCUACGCGGGCGACAAGGCCGUCAAGUUCGCCGGCGGAACGGUGGUUCCGGCGCUGGACGUGGCGGCGAGGAGCGGGUGGCAGCACGCCGUGAACGGCACGUCGUCGUGGCGCCAGUCGCUCAAGCAAUGGGGGCCGCGCGUGGAGCUCGAGAACAAGUGGCAGCAGCACAACAUGGCGUUCCAGGAUUUCUGGAAGGCUGCUGCGUCCACUGUGCUGGCUGCUCACACCGUCGAACGCGCCAUCAUGCGCAGAUAA